AUGCCUGCAGCUCCCAUUGAUCAGUAUUGGGGAAUAGAAGCUGUGGGCUCAGUGCCUGUGGAUGAGGGGCAGCCCAUGCUGAUAUCACCAAAAGAAAGAUGGACAUCAGCUGAUAAUGAGCAGUUUAACUUAAUCUGGGUCUUUGUGUGGGAAAAGGGUUACCAGGAAACGGACUCCGUGGUCAGUUCAGUUACCACCAAGGUGAAGGGAAUAACCGUAACCAACACAUCAGCGUUGGGACUGCGGGUCUGGGAUGUGGCGGAUUAUGUUAUUCCACCUCAGGGGGAGAACACAUUAUUCAUCAUGACAAACCUGAUAAUGACCCUGAAUCAGACACAAGGCUAUUGUCCUGAGCUUCCAGAUAAGACAACUUUGUGUAAUUCCAGUGAGGACUGUACUGCAGGAUACAUAGGCACCCACAGCAAUGGAGUCCAGACCGGGAAGUGUAGGAAAUAUUCUGCCUCUGUCUCAACCUGUGAAAUCUACGCUUGGUGUCCAGUGGAGAAUGACACACAUUUACCUAGGCCGGCUUUCCUGAAGGAUGCCGAGAACUUCACCAUUUUAGUGAAGAACAAUAUCUGGUACCCUAAGUUCAACUUCACCAAGCGAAAUAUUCUGCCCUCUAUCAGUACCACUUACCUCAAGACCUGCAUUUAUGACCCGAAAACAGAUCCCUUCUGCCCCAUCUUCCGAGUCCGCCAUUUUCAGGAGAUGGCUGUUGAGGGUGGAGUAAUGGGUGUGCAGAUCAACUGGAACUGUGAUCUCGACAAACCUGCUUCUCACUGUGUGCCAAAAUAUAGCUUCCGUCGUCUUGACAACAAGGAUUCUGACCACACUGUUUCACCUGGCUAUAAUUUCAGGUUUGCGAAAUACUACAGGGACACAAGUGGUACUGACUCGCGGACAUUAAUUAAGGCUUAUGGCAUCCGGUUUGAUAUCAUGGUGUUUGGAAAGGCAGGAAAAUUUGAUAUAAUUCCCACAAUGAUUAACGUUGGCUCUGGGCUAGCACUGUUUGGGGUGGCAACAGUCCUGUGUGAUAUUGUAGUCCUCUACUUCAUGAAGAAGAGAUAUUACUACAGAGAGAAGAAAUACAAAUAUGUGGAAGAUUAUGAACUGGGGGUCAAUAAUACAUAUGGAACACAAUCGUGAUGUCGUUGGUGCUGCAGCAUCAACUGUCCAACCUGAAGAGCUGCCGUGAAUACUAUUCUUCCUCAUGGAGAGACAGUAAGAUGCUGCUGCAGGCUUUCCUUCCUGGAACUGAGUGAAUAAAUCUGUAUUCUGAGGAGGAAGAGAAAAUCAAACCACUACAUUCUUCCUCUAUCAUUGGCUAACAAUUUUUUCUCUAUGGAAUUCUAUCCACUGUAAACAAAUGUAGACAUCAAGACUUGCCUUGAGACACUUUCCAUGAAAGUUUGACAUAAGUCUUUCCCCCUCUCCCUCUUCUAGAGACUAACUUCCUGUAUCCCCGUAUUCUCUACAAAGCCUCCUGGAGGGAUCAGUCACCCAGAGCUUGCUCUUUGCUAGGGUCAUGGACAACUGGGCCAGAAUGGGCACAGAUUAGCCAGAUUGUCAGACAGUAGAAUGAGAUGAGUGGGAGAGAGAUGAGCCCUUUCCCAGCUGUAGUGAAUCUGGUUGCUAAUCUUCCUAUCAGCCCUCGAUCAUCUAACUAUAUGCUGCAGCAGUAAAAUGCAUUUCCUUAAUGUGAGGGAAAAUCAACAUCUAACCUUCAGGUUACCCAUCAUGUAUCGAAGAUUCAAGAGCCCAAGGUGUGAGAUGAAGUUCUCUGCAGGACUCCUGUAUUCAAGUAAGCGGCUGAUGUAUCUAGACUUAUUUUCUGCAUACGUCUUAAAAUUCAGCAUGCGUAAUGAAGAACAAGGAUGACAACACUGACAGUAUUUCACACUGAGGGGAACGGCCAAUAUUCCAACCACAGGGGUUAGUGAUAUUGAAUAGAAGAAAGUUUGUGACAUGCUCUAAGAGGAGAUUCUGAUUUUUUUUUUUUUAAUAAAUCAAUAAAGCCCUUACAACUGUCA